AUGAAGAAGUCUACCUCCACUGCUCUAGCCAUCCAGGCCCUAUCCAAUCUAGCCACAGCGAGACUCAUCACUAUAUCGACGACGGUCGGAGAUACCGUCCUUCACCUACAGGAGCCGACCCUCGAUAAUUCAGUGACGUUUACCUCGGGCACCGCAGCAGUGAUCAAUAUCCAGCAGGGCUCGUCUCCUGAAACGUUUACCUUUCAAGCCAACGGCAACAAUGUUUUCAUCAAGUGCGUAAGCGCAGAGGAGCCCGGUUCCUCAGAGCCGGAGCCCUGUACGGGUGUCGACGGGGAUUCCUCGAGCUUCUCUCUACAGCAGGUUGGUCCUGGGGUAUUUUCCAUCCAGUUAAGCAACUCCGAAUUGCUCUGGACGGUUGCCCAGGAUGGGACUUUGACUGUGCGGCCUUUGGGCGCUCCCGGCCAGUUCUUUGCUAUAGAUGGAGCCAAAGAGGGGGCUAGCAACAGUGAUCUUUGA